CAACUGAUACACAGUCUACUCUUAACAACGCAUCGGUUUGUUGAGCCAAGGUUCAUUUUAUACUUCUGUUUACUAAAAAUUGAAAACAUGAAGAUCCUGAUGAUAAUUGCUUUGACUGUGACAAUUGUACAGCUUCCCUCAGCUGAAUGUGUGCAUCCACAAUAUAGUUUUCGAUGCUUGGAAGAAGGAAAUAUUCACCUUUUUGGACUAAACAAAAGCAGUACAAUAAUAAGUGUCAGUAACUGCAAUAUAAACGAUGUACAAUCACAGGACGAUUACUUCUUAAUUCCUGAAAAAUGUCUGUCACAAACGAGGAAAGUAAAUAUUGUUGUUCAUGACCCAAACAUCGAUGGACCAACAACACCCGCCCCAACACCGCUCACUUCCACAACUUCACCAAUUACAACACAGUAUAUUGGAGGGUUUGGCACUCAUAGUUUCACAAUAACCUGCAAAAACAUCCCCGAAGAAGGAAUAAAUGAGACUGUUGUUCACGUAUUUAAAGGAAAAGAGUACAACGCCUUGCCUGUGAACAACAUGGAAGUGGACGAUGUGGAGAUGCGAUUCAAGGCUGUAAACGAUAUAAACUCUCCCGACAUCGCCAGCAUAUACGUCGGAGAUGAAUUCUUUAUGUUUCUGGAGUACAUGGGAGAGAAAAAUUAUUCUGUGAUUCCGAAGAAAUGUACGGCGAACAGCGGUACUAUUGCGGGCACAAGUGACGUUGAUCUAUGGAAUUGGGACAACGCUGAUUGCUCCCCAAACGACGAACUCCUAAAACACUUUAUUAAAGUAUCAUCGAAACUAAUUUAUGCAGAGAUGUUUGGUUUCCGAUUUUCCGACAGUGGCUACAUAACGAUUCGGUGUGCAGUUGGAAUAUUUCCAGAAAAAACAAAUAAGAAACUGUGUAAAAAUGGUAAUCGUAGGAGAAGAGGAAUAGAAAACGUUGAAGUUGAAACCAAGCUCGCUGCUUCUAAAAUUAGAGUUUAUGACAACAAAGACAUGUAUGAAACGGAGAACAAAAGUCCACAAAAAUCAUUUGACGUUUCUGUAUGGAUAUUUCUUGUAAUUGGGACCUUGUUGAACAGAUGGUAGGAAAACAUGGAGAUUUUUGCAAUGCGACGUUACAAAGAGUGCUUUAUCAAUAGUUUGUAAUCGAAUUUUAUUCUGCAAAGAAAUAUUAUUGUUGUUUUGUUAAGAAAAAUCAGGAUGAUUUAAAGUAAAAACAAAACCAAAUAUUCAAUAAAGUUUAUUUGACAUUGUAAAAUAUAAAUAUACUACUAGAUUUAAUAUGUGAUGCAAGAUUUUCAGACUAGAGGUGAUCUAAAAUGGUUACAUAAAACAUGACGAGCGAACCUAUUUAAAGAAUAUACAUCAACUUUAACUUGUUCUCUUAAAGAUAUAGAUUUGUCAUUCAAAGGGGACACCUUUGAUAUUGAAUUAUGACUUAUUUGACAAUUUCUGCUUUCACACACCAAAAAACAUAUAGCAUUGAUUCUAUGGAUUUCUAUUUUAUUUAAACGGGGUGAUUGUAAAAUGUAUAUUCUACAUGAUUUAAACCAUAGCCUGCUUUGUAUAUUCCUAUUGCAAUCAAUUACUUCCAUUUAAUUGAUAAAUCACUUGAUCAAGAUUCAAAUCGCAACUUCUUGAGUGUUUCAGGAGAAUCCGAAUGGCAGUGUAUUAUCUUCUGAAAGUUGAGCUUAACUUCAUUUAUUUCAGUUAUACAGUAUCCUUAACUACACCACUACACAAGAUACAUUAAAUGUUAGUUUUCUAGCCAAUUAAGUUGAUGGAAAGUAUUUCGAUGUGUUUUCAAUUUGUUGCUGGAAAAUCCCAAUUGUUUCGAAUGCAUUACUUCUGCUUUUAUUAUUUCAUGAAUGUUACUGUUUUGUUGUAAAAUGUUUGGUUUUUGAUUCAUUGCUUUUAAUAAAUAUUUUUAAU